GCAGGGGCGGGCGCGGGAGGAGGCGGGCGGUGCCUUUCGGGAUGUGCUCCCUGGAUGCUCCCUGAACGAGCCCCGAGGAUGUGCCCCUCUGUCCCUGGGAUGCUCUCACGGGAUGCACCCUUAGCCUUCACGCACCUUGGGAUAACCCAAAUACCCCCAAUGUGCACCCCAUGGUGUGCCCUGGGAGGCACCCUGUGCUCGUGGGCUGUACCCCAGAGUGCCCCUGUGCCCUGCAAUGCCCUCAGGAGUGCGCUCUGUCCCCUGCCGUGCCCCCAGUAACGUGCUGUGUGCCCCGGGAUGUGCCACGCACACCCGGGAUGUGUGUCAGGAUGUGCCUGGGCUGCACCGUGCACCCCUGGGUGUGUCCCAGGAUGUGCCGCAUCCCCCAGGAUGCGUGUUUGGAUGAGACCCAGGAGGUGUCUUGACCCCCAGCGUGUGCCCCAGAAUGUGCCAGGGGCUGUGCCGUGACCCCCAGGAACCCACCAGGCUCUGCUGUGUGCCCUGAGAUGUGUCCCAAAUUCUGUGUUCCCUCGGCUGCUCCCCUCUGCCCUCCCAGCCAGUGUCACCAGGGUCUUCCCACACUGGUGGGGAGUAUGAAGGGUGCUGCCUCAUUGGGGUGGUGGGCUGCAGGCUGGGAGGCUCCACUUCAGAAAGGGAAAUGGCUCAUCCUGCCAGCAUGACACACCGGGUUGUCAGCCAGCACCUGGGCAGGGCCAGGUCUCUGCCCAAGCCCCAUGACCCCAUGUCCUGCUGCCAGAGGAGCAUGGGCAACCCCAGAGGGCUGCAGACACUUGUGUCCACCUUGGGACCUCUCUCCAGGAGCCACAUCUGCCCUGCAUCCUAAGUGACCACACAGGUUCAGCUCCUGUUGUGGGGACUGUGUGUGACAGUCACCCCGCAGCCAGUGUCAGCCUCAGCAUCGCUCCUGUGGCUGUCAAAGGCCAGGGCUGCAUGGUCAUUAAUCAUGUCCAAGACACUGUGGGCAUGAAAAGCUGUGCCGUUCCCGAGGCUGCUUUCCUUUCAUCAGCCACACCCCCCAAGCACUGAAACACAGAGCAAAUAUUUGUCAGGGCAGGCUGAAGUGCUGGCCCUUGGGCUGGGGAGCCUGGUGGGCUCUGGAUCCUCACAGGGGGCUGUGCUAUCCUGCACAAUAUGAGCUUUCUCCAGCGGGGUUCUUGGUGUCCAUGAUCCCACCGUUUGAGUGAUGGAGGAUCUGGUGGCUUUCCCAAGGAGCAGAGCUCCUGCCGUGGCAACCAGCCCUCACUUUGCCCAUGAACCCAUCAGCAGCACCCAGCAAGGAGGGCGUUCCAGAGAACUCCAGCUCCACAACCCUCUGCUGCCAGGGGGAAGUAGAGGAGGAAGGACGAGAAGCACAGCAGUGCCAUUAUUUUGUGUUCCCUUUGGCCAAAUGAGCUGCCAAAGGGCAAGUUGACAUCACCAGUGGGGGACAGUCACCUGGGAGCAGGACCUGGAAGCACUGGCUGCCCAGGCAUCGCUGUUUCCUUGCCCUGGGCAGUGCAGCAGUGCCCCAAUGCCACGAGUUGAGGUGUGAUAGGAGCAGCCAGGUCAGCUGAUGGAGACCGCGGCUAUAAAACACCUGCUGGCCCCGUGGCAGAGCCACAAACGAGCCCACCAUGGCCAACGUGCUGCCUGCCUGCCUGCUCCUGGCCCUGCUGCUCCUGGCCCCAGCCCUGUCGGCACAGCACGAGCGAGGGCUCAUCUUCAACUUGGAGAUCGGGGAGCUGUGCCUGCAGAGUGCCCAGUGCAAGAGCGGCUGCUGCCACCGCGUCAACGGCCUCAGCCUGGCCCGAUGUGCUCCGCAGGCAGCUGAGUUCCAGGCGUGCUCCCCAAAGAGCAUCUAUGGGGUCUACUACAAGUGUCCGUGUGAGAGAGGCUUGACCUGUGACGCCGAUAAAACCAUCGUGGGCUCCAUCACCAACAGCGACUUCGGUGUCUGCAGGGACCCCCAGGACUCCUACAGGCGGCGGUGAAGAGAGACCCCCCCCCUCGUUCCCCUCUGUGCUGCCUCUGCCACCGUGUCUCUCCCCCUCUCCAGGGAUUCCUGGAUCUGGCUGUGGGAGAAUUUGAGUAAAGAGCAGCUUCUGCCAA